GCCCGAGACAUCCUACUCCAACCGGACACUGUACCGAAGGCGACUUCCCUUCAACAGAUCCGAUUUGAAACUUCCAAACAGCUACUGCAUAAAUGGAUAUUAGACUGUUUGACGUCAGAUAUCGCCGAUCAGGUCCAAAUGGACCAUACACAGCAACCGUCCGACAUUCUGUCCCGAUUGGACACGAUAUAUGGCAUAUCACCUGCCGAAAAACGCCUUCUUUUGGUGAAGACGCUUCUAAAUCUGAAGCCACAGGGCAAUUAUAUCGCGAUGAUGCGGCAAUGGCAGAGAAUCUCUACUGAAUUAGAGCGACAGGACUAUCCGAUUUCGGAAGUUUGCCAUGACAUUGGUAUAAUCCUCAAAUAGAUAAUCAACCACCCAAGGGGGGGAACAAGAAGAGUCAG